CACAAAAUCAUAUUCACCAUUACCACCCCUACCCAACUUCACAGUCUGGCAUCUAUCAGUCUGAGAUGAGGUGUGUUCUGGUAGAAGUUCAGAGGGUGCAAGUUAAUUCCCAUGUGAUCUGCACCGAGUCCACAAUGACAGUAGAGGUUGAGAAAUCUUCAUUCUCUGGACUCCAUGAGGACCAUUUGCGGCUCAAUGACGCCACCAACACUGCCUGCAGGCUGCGCUCCAACAGCACUCACGUCUUCGCUGUCAUCCCCCUCAGCGGUUGUGGCACUGAGAUCGAGGAAGACCAAGAUAACCUCCGGUUCAAGAAUGAAAUCACUACGGUUGACAACAUGGCCGACGUGAUCACCAGGAAACACCUGCUGGGGGUGCAGUUCUACUGCCAGUACCCCAAACGUGGAAAUGUGACACUGGGCUUCACAGCACACAGGAAAAAUAUCACAGUGUGGGAAAAGGGCUUCGGCACGUUUACCUACCAGUUUGAGUUCUAUCCCAACAACCGAUACCAAACCAUGAUUGAUCCAAAUUCAUACCCGCUGGUGUAUGAAAUAGGGAGCAGGAUCCACAUGCAGAUAGAAGCCACCUCCUCUGUCAACAACACCGUGCUGUUUGUGGAGGCCUGCAGAGCUUCACCAUACGACAACCAAAACUACCAUCAAACCUACUCCAUCAUUGAGAAUGGGUGUAUUGUGGACCCGACUGUUGAGAUCCAUCAGUCCUCCCACCAGAGACAAUUCCAGUUCAGCAUGGAGGCCUUCAAGUUCAUCGGCUUGCAUGAUCAGGUGUACAUCAGCUGCACGGUCCUGAUGUGUGAAGCAGGGAGCCCCAACACCAGGUGUUCACAGGGAUGCAUCAACUCCACAAUGCCAGGCGGUUUGCAUCAUCACCACAGAAAGAGAGAGGCUGUCAUUCAAAGCGCAAGGCACUUCGUUUCCCAGGGUCCCCUGCGCUUAAAGAGAUCAGCAGAGAGCAACGAAAGCUCAGUGCUCCACCUGAAUCUGAACCUGGUAUUCAUCGCUGGAUGUCUUCUUGCAGCUGUUGGCAUGAUCAGUGCAGUGGUCAUGUACAAGGCCAAAAUGUCAAAGGUCAAAUACCAACCUUUGCCCACAUUUGAAAGUUAA